CCUCGAACAUAAUAAUGUUGCAUGCAUCUGUAUUGUCUGGCGCACUGGCUCGAACGAGUGUGUGUGUUGGUCAGUCUGGGUCUAGUACCUGAGACAAAACACUUCCUCGACUAUGGAUUUCAUCAUUCAAUCACCGUAGUCUGUCUAUGUUGCGUUUAUUGCUGCUGCUGCUGACGGCGUACUUUACCGAGCUGUAGCUGCUAAAAGUUACUUACAGGACUUGUACGUCUCGUAGACGAAUGAAAACCGACUAUUUUCAGAAAAAUAAAAGAUUGAUUUCAGUGUGUGUGUGCGUGCGUGUGUGUAUGUGUAUAAAAGUGUUAUUCGAUUAUUUGAAACGUAAUUUGUGAAGUGCAGUGAAGUUUUGAAAGUACAUCGUUGUAGGCAUACCAAAACUUUGGAGAUAUUCUGAAGAGAGAAGGGUUAUCGGUUCUACCGAAAUCUGACACUGCGUUGUGUUUCUUCAGUGCACGGAUACAAAUUUGAGUGGUGGUGGUGAGCAUUUCGAGGAAGUACGCGUGCUUUGCUGGUGCCCCUGCAACAGUGCGUCGCGAACUACACAGAAGUGCCUCGAUGAUAUUUCGCGACUAAAAGUUUGCUUCUGGGUUAGAUGAGCAUCGCGUCUUAAAUGCAAACAGGAAAUAGAGUGAUAUACUCUAUAUAAUACAAUCGAACCUGCGAUCUGGUGGUCUGACUUUGUAGACUUCAUCAACGAGAACGUGUUUGAAUUUGCUGUAUACUUCUGACGACUUCUGACAACGCAUUCGAAUACCGAAAUAAAAAAACUUGUAUGAUGGCUUCCAAAACUGCCCAAAGUACGCCACCCAUUACGAUCUCGACACCAUCACUGAAAACGGCAGCAUCAACAACAUCGCUGUCAUCGAACAUGUCCGUAUCGUCCGGAACGAACACACAGUCUACAAUGGCGAUAUCGUCGGUCGAAACCGUAGUGUCCGCAUCGUCUUCGGCCAAUGCAUCGUCGACGGUCGUUAAGUCAGGCUGGUUGUUUAAGCGAGGUGAACACAUUAAAACCUGGCGAUCACGCUACUUCGUGCUUAAGAGCGAUGGUACGCUGGAGGGUUACAAAGUGCGGCCGGAACCACCGGCCUCGAUUGAACCGUCGAACAAGUUCACGGUACGCGAUUGUCAGAUAAUGUCAAUCGAUCGGCCCCGUCCGUAUACAUUCAUCAUACGUGGUCUACAGUGGACAACGGUGAUCGAACGGAUGUUUCACGUGGAAAACGAAAAUGAGCGUAAGGAUUGGGUGGACGCUAUCCGUAGCGUUGCGAACAAGCUGAACGAAGAAGAGGUCUACCAAGCGACGCUGCCAAAUGAAACGGGUGACGACGACUGCGAAAUGGGUUCGAUUGCAGAGGACGAACUAGAAAAGAUGCCUAUAUACGGUACAGCCAUGGAUAAAGUAAGCGGUAGGCGAAAGGUGACGCUCGAGAACUUCGAAUUCUUAAAGGUUCUCGGCAAAGGCACUUUUGGUAAAGUAAUUCUCUGUCGCGAGAAAACCACAGCCAAGCUGUACGCUAUUAAAAUACUGAAAAAGGAUGUCAUUAUACAAAAGGAUGAGGUGGCUCAUACGAUGGCGGAAAGUCGAGUGCUGAAAACGACAAACCAUCCGUUUUUGAUAUCGCUGAAAUACUCGUUCCAAACGGUAGAUCGUUUGUGCUUCGUGAUGCAGUACGUCAAUGGUGGUGAACUGUUCUUCCAUUUGAGUCGCGAGCGUAUAUUUCCCGAGGAUCGCACGCGAUUUUACGCAGCAGAAAUCAUUUCUGCCCUUGGAUAUUUACACUCUCAUGGCAUCAUUUAUCGCGAUCUGAAGUUGGAAAACUUAUUGCUAGACAAAGAUGGACACAUCAAGAUUGCAGAUUUCGGUCUGUGCAAAGAAGACAUCACCUACGGACGGACAACGAAGACGUUCUGCGGUACGCCCGAAUAUCUUGCACCGGAAGUGUUAGAGGACAACGAUUAUGGUCAUGCGGUUGAUUGGUGGGGUACGGGUGUCGUAAUGUACGAGAUGAUUUGUGGUCGACUUCCGUUCUACAAUCGCGAUCACGACAUUCUGUUCACUCUGAUCCUGAUGGAGGAGGUAAAGUUCCCGCGCAACAUUAGCCCGAAUGCGCGGAGUUUGCUCAGUGGGUUGUUGGUGAAAAAUCCGAAACAGCGUCUUGGUGGCGGACCGGACGACGCGAAGGAAAUUAUGGUUCAUCCAUUCUUUGUCAGCAUCAACUGGUCGGAUUUGGUGGCGAAACGCAUUACGCCACCGUUCAAGCCGCAGGUAACGAGCGAUACGGAUACGCGCUAUUUCGACCGAGAGUUCACCGGUGAAAGUGUUGAGCUGACGCCCUCGGACAGUAAUGGACCGCUGGGAGCAAUUCAGGAGGAACCACAUUUUUCGGAAUUCAGCUACCAGGAUAUGGCAUCCACCAUGCACACGCCAAGCUUUAUGAAUCAUUCGCACAACUAUCCUCCGAUGCAGUGAAAGAUAGCUGAAAGACACCUGGUGCCACCGGGUGUUGCGUGAAAUAAUGCGCCCGCUUUUGGGAAGGACCAUCAGUAUGGGACACUGACUUACAUAGGGUAUCUCCAUAUAGGAGUCCGUUACCGAGCUGGUUACUGGAAAGCGGUAGGGCGAGAAAGCAGCCAAGAAACGGAGAGGACACAGUAAAGGAGUAAAAAUCUUUCGUUUGAAUAGGCAAGGGGAGGAUACAACUUGACCGUUGGAAGAUGACUAUUAUGUUCGUAAUUGCGUUCCAAUAGCCUAGUUUUGUCCCUACAUCUUUGUCGCUAGCAGUAAUCAAGGAACGGGUCUGACAACGAAUCAAACCUGCUAUGCAGACAGCUCUCGGAACAUUUUCACCUCACCAUUCGAAUCAGUAUGUGAGGGCUGUAAAGUUAGAUUUGUUUAUUUAAGAGCGCAUUUUUAUACGAAGUCCCACAAUCCAUCGUGCCAAUCUUUCGAUGGUCAUUGAUGUGAUAACGAAGGAGAAUUGAUAACACGUUUCGCGGGUCUGAUAGCCGUGAUUCGGGAGUAACAGAACCCGAGACUGCGCAUUCAGUCAGCCCCAAAGAAGGUUUUUAACACGAAGAAACGUCUGCUCGACGACUGUUUUCUGUUCACUGUUUCUGAGAAGAAAAGGUUUGGAGACAAGUUUCAAAACUCUUAAUCAAUGAUUCAUUAUUUAUGCAUAAAACUCAAACUUUGUCAUCAACAUUGCCGUAUAAAAAGAAAAAAAAUUGAACCUAUCAUAUUUUCCAUGGCGGGUGAAAGAGAUUGGGAGAAUGAUAUAAAUAAUUACCAUCGUGCCAAUUAUUGCCAUAAAAACACACAGACACACUCCCAAACACACAUCAUAAUGAUCUCAAUUCGCAAUAUAUUAGCAACAGUUAUGCAAUAGCUCUAUCCAUUCUGUAUUAGGUAGAGCACAAUGAAUUAUGGCGCAUGCUGUACCGGGCCCAGACCAACUAUCAAAACAUAACACAAAUAGCUAACCUCUUUUCUGCUGGGAAAACAGUAACAACAUGUAACAAUUAAAUGUAUGAGCACCUUUCGCGUUUCGUGUUACGACUAGGAACGUAAAUGUUGGGUACAGUUUGUUUCUAAGGGUGUGUGUGAUGUUAGUGCUGGCUGAAGCGAUGAGAAAAUAAUGUUAGGUAGCUGAGAACUGGUAAACGGAAGUGACUGAGCCAUUCGAGUUGCUACAUUAUCAAUUUAUUUUGUUGCGCCCACAAACAUACAAACAAUUUUCGUGGGCAGUUUCCUAAUAAUUUAACAACAUUUAUGUAGUCCUAUCUUGAUGAUAGUGCAUGUGCGCAGAUUGUACUAUAUCAGAGGUUGGGCCUGCUUGGCUGCUAGACAUAAAUUAGUUUAUUUUCCAGCAGCGAUGCUAAAGCAUGACAAGCUGUUUUAUAAAUAAUAAGUAUAAGUCGUUGAGUAAGUGCAUAAGCAUAUGCGUUCGUAAAUGCAUAUGCAAGAUGGAAAGCAACGGGCUGUGAUAGACAAAGUUAAUAAUAAUUGCAUGUAAGUAGCGGCAAAAAAACAAUAGUACGACAAAUUGGCCAUCUUUGGCAAGUACCAAUGGUUAAUAGCCAAAUGGACAGCAAGGUACGAAACAUAAAAGGAUUGAAACAGAAUUUCGCAUUGGUCGCAAUAUUGCUGACAGCGUAAAAACUUUAACGGUGACAGCAAUACAGUCACCUCUUCCUCUCCAAUCCAAUAUUUCCUUUCUCACUCUCCCUCUCCCUUUCUCUUUAUCUCUCUUUCCGUUUCUUUGUCUCUUCCGCUCUUCUCUUCUCUAAUCCUCAUGCUGCUUCCUUCGGAGGUCACCGAUGAAUAACUGAAUUAUUCAUCGCGCUGUGUGUUCACGUGGUCCUUAGCUGUAAAAUGCAAAAAUGGUUUAAUGAAAAUAGUGACAGGCCGAUUUGCACGGCUAUAAAAGAUAGACGAACUGUUGCUCCUGUCCGGAAAUUAAUUUGUCAAACACAUCGAUUUAGUUCUCUCCAUCUUAUCAUUAUUUCAUUUUUUUAACCUACCUACCUAAAACAUAUAAGCUUGUUUGAGUUGGUAGCCUAAAUCUAGUUGGAGGUAUUACAGAGCAAGAAUAGGUCUACGAGAAUCAGUAAUCAUUUGCCUUAGUGCACAUCGUUUUUUUACGUACAAUAACGCAUCGUUUUACGUACGAUAGUGCAUCGUUAAAAAUAUAGCUUAAAGACGUAUCAGCAGCGCCAACCACAUGCGGUGUGUAGGCUGCCGUUAAUAAGAAAUAAAGAGAUAGACGUUAAGAGAAAAUAUCACUGCCUUAGCUAAUUCAGAUAUUGAAUAGUAAAAGCACAACACGCAAAUGUAGUAAAGGGACAAAGAUAUGCUAAACAAACUCAAAUAGUGGUAGGAAGGUGUGAAUACCAGGAAACCAUAGACGCGCAAUCACGGAUAUUUAAAAUGUACCAUUUAUGAUACCUUUUUCUAUUUUUGUUUGUAAUUGUAUAUGGCGCCUUGUGUUAAAUGAAAUUUUGAAGCUGCAAAUUGUAGCAAGCGCUUUGUAUAAAUUAGGAAGAAUAUUUGUUCCCGCGUUCAAUAUUUCCACGCGGCUACUGGUGCUAUUACAUUAAAAUACUUUCCCUAAAGAAUGCACGCAAAUGCUUAGUGCAAGUUACAGAAAAUUGCUUUUGUAAAAGUGUACAAACACAGAACCUGUAAAAUAGAUAUUGCAAAAGUUUCCAAUGCCGGGAAUAUUCACAAAACGUUCUUAUCCAAGUGAGCAAAAAAGAGAAUAAAUUGCAGAUUUAUAAGAAAACAUUUUAUGAUAGGAAAGGUAUGCGAUCAGGGAAAUCUAGCUAAUGCAAAACUCACAGUGUGACGUAACUUCUAUUUUUUCUCAAUACGAUAAAAAUCAUCCUGGCACAUGAUCAGCUGACAACAUAUUUUAAUUAUUUACGAUUACUAAUAACUUUGAUUUUUAAUAUCCAUGUGAUUCAAUUUUACGUUUGAUUCCAUGGGAGUUUCCAAUUUUAACAAAAUCAUUUUCAUUACCUGUCUGUCCUUUAAAUUUCUUGCCGCAAAAUGGACCAAUAUCAUUGUAUGGAACGAUAUUCUGACAAGUUCGGAAGAUUAGAAUCCUUUGCUACAAUGUUAAUGUUAUAGUUAUUUCUUGCAUACCACCUAUGAGCUUCUUUAUCAUAAUGACAUUUUACCAAAUCAGACCAAAAGAACAGAGAACUUGUGAGAUUGUGAACUUGUGAAUGAGUAGUAGUAAGUUGUAGACAAUUUCUCUUCUUGUAAAGGCUUACAUUUGGGGUGGAAUGUUUCGGGUUUCGCUAAUUUCUCUAUUGGAUAGUUAGAGGAGUGAAUCUUAAUAGAAAACCUUGAACCUUGAGCUUGCCACAGAAGCACGUUCGUAUGCAGGAGGCACCAUACCCAGGGGACUGCCCGAUUCGCCAAAGCGCAUACGGACUAACAACUCCUCAAACCUCAGAACCUAUGCUGGUCCGUUAGGACAUUUACGUCAGCGAUAGGCCUUAUGGGUACACUUAUCCACAUUAUGCUUCAUAAUCCCCCACGACACCGCGCAAUGAACAUUGGUUAGAUGUCAGGCGUAUGAGAUGAUCACGGCCAUGACCCCUGAGCCGUUGGCAUAAGAAAAAUUGCCGCCCCAUGUAUUGAUUGAAAAACCCAUUGCCAUUUAGGAAUUGGGUGAGGAAGAAGUCGGUUUUACCAUGCGUUUUUCGUAACCAAUAUCCAAUGUCUGGCGAGGUACGCUAUGGUGUGUGGCAAAUUAUAAUUAGCAUGUAGAUAAAUUUUGCAUUUCGUUUCUUUUGGUUUUGUAUGGCUGUGUGUUUCUCUUCGUUAUUCGUUUCGUUUUCUGCCACUACCGUUGCACGUGUUGCUCCUUCAUUAAGGCUGUCCAGAACCGUAUUCGAAUUCUGUUUACUUAAGCUAUGGGCUUAAACGAAAAAUCUAUCAGUGAAGUGCCCGACAGCGAUUGGAAGAUGAAAGAAUUCGGUGCACCAAAAUGGAAUGUUUUGAAUGAGGAAUUAUUUUGAAUAAAAUUGAGUUUCUUACUGCAUCUCUUAGAACCUUGGGUCGCGAUAAAACUUUACAGUUUCACAAGCGAUCGUAUCUCAGAAGAUCAUGGUCUCGGGAAUAUCUGGAUGCUGGCAAGUCCAGUCUAGAAGUUAUUGACCAAAGAGGUAGCGCAUUCUACAUCCACGCUUUUGUUUUAUGUUCAAACGAGUAUUUCACGCAAAUAACCAGCCACCGCUUUAUCACACAUGCACCACUUACCGUCGCUCCAUGACAUAUACACCUGUAACCUGUUGCACACAUACACACCGCCAUACCGUACGCACGCCUGCUAGCGUUGAGCAUGCGCCCGGUUCCACACAAUGCGACCGCAUGGUGGAUGAAACUAUUGUUUUUAAUAACAAUACUACUCUUAAACCGCCACUAAAUAACAAUACUACUCUUAAACUGCACCAAGCAGUUCACUUCACUACACUACUGCACUAAAACACUUUUUUCACGUGUAAUCGAUCUACACCUGUCACACACAUACACACCGUCUUACCGCACGUACGCCUGCUCGCGUUGAGCCUGCACCCGGUUCCACACAAUGCGACCGCAUGCUGGAUGAAACUAUUGUUGCUAAUUCGACUCUUGUCGAGGGCCAGCCACUAAAUAACAAUACUGCAACUCUUAAACUGCACCAAGCACUUAACUUCACUACACUACUGCACUAAGAACACUUUUUUCACGUGUAAUCGAUCUUUCGAUCGACGCGGAACGUCACAACAAGGGACGCGUGCAAGUCCUACUGCUGCUGCACAAUGUGCUCCUUGUACUAGUGCUAGUGCUACGUUUUACUAUCAAAACGUACGGGGACUACACUAACACUGACGAACUACGGCUUGC